AUGGCACUGGGCGCCUCGAUCGCGUUGCGAGCGCAACAUGUCUCCCGAGGUCUUGCUGCGAGGCCGUCAUCAUCCUCACUUGCUCAAUCGACAAUGGCAGGCCGCACACGUCGCACAAUCUCCAUCUCGCGGACAACUCCCGCCGCGGUCGCCGCUCAACAUAUCACCAACAGCACCACCCCAAAAGACCCGCCCAACUUCUCCCCCGAAUUCACCUACGGCGCGUACCAACAGACGGGCACGCGACCCGUGAAGCGGAUCCGGUACCCCAAAUUCCAAUCACUCGAGAGCGAGCGCGCGUUCCGCAAACUGCACCACGCCGCGGCGCUGCGGUGGCUGGGCUACCAGGGAUACAACAACGAGGGCGCGGGCGGGCACGUCACGGUGCGCGACCCCGUCCUCCCGGACCACUUCUGGAUCAACCCGCACGGCAAGUCGUUCUCGUACAUGACGCCCGACGACCUGGUCUUGAUGAACCCCAAGGGCGAGGUCGUCGAGGGCGGCAACAUGCACAGUGUCAACCCCGCGGGCUGGGUCAUCCACAGCGCCGUGCACGAGGCGAGGCCCGACGUCGUCGCCGCGGUCCACUGCCACAGUGUCCCGAGUAAGGCCUUUUCCGCGCUCGGGUGCCACUUGGAGCCGAUCAACCAGGACGCGUGUCGAUUCUACAAAGACCACGGCAUCUAUUCUGGCUUUGGCGGAAUUGCCUUUAGAGAGAGACCAUUCCGCUCUAUUGCCUCCCUCUCCUUCGACGCCAUUAUUGUCCUAGACUCGACCGCUAACGACGUCUCCCUCCCUCCUGGCGAGCAGAAAGCCGACGAGGGCCACCACAUCGCCGCGGCGCUGGGCAACACCAAGGGCGUCAUCCUCCAGAACCACGGCCACCUGACGGUGGCCAAGACUGUCGACGGCGCCGCGUUCCUCUUCGGCGCCAUGGACCGCUGCAUCCAGGCGCAGCUGCUCGCCGACGCGGCCUGCGCGGGCCGCGGCACAAAGACCAUCAAGGUCGCGCACGAAGAGGCCGAGUACUCGCGAAACGUGUAUAAUGACGAGAUGGUGUAUAUCAUGUUUCAGUCGGCGUGA